GUUUGCUGUCAACCUUGACCGACACUAUGACGGCUUUACUAAACAAUUUUUGCUUCCUCCUUCCCAAAACUCCAAGAAUAGAAAAGUCAUUGCUCACAUCAAAAUAUCUGAAGAAACUCUUCAACAAUGGGACGAAAUUUUUUUAAUGCCAACAAUUGCAUAUAAUUUGUCUAUAAAUAAAGUUGUUGAGAAAGACAGAAGAGAGAGAUAUUGAUGAAAAUGGUGGAGGAAGAUGUGGUGAUAGUUGGUGCAGGGAUAGCAGGAUUGGCCACAGGGGUGGCUCUGCAAAGACUUGGAAUUCGAGCAUUAAUAUUAGAAAGAUCUCCAGAACUCCGAGCCGCUGGUGCCGCCUUAACCCUCUUCCCAAACGCUUGGCUUGCUCUUGAUGCUCUUGGUGUUGCUCAUAAGCUCUCUCCCCUUUAUUCUCCUUUAAAGACGGGAGUUGUCACCGAUGUCGGAACUGGAGCUACUCAGGCAAUCUCCUAUGCUGGAACUACAGAGAGCGGGCUUGGAGCUGGACCCAGAUCAGUUCAUCGGAAAACCUUAUUAGAGGCCUUGGCAGAAGAGUUGCCGGUUGGUGCAAUCCGUUUCUCUUCCCAUAUUGAUGCCAUUGAGACACAAUCACAGGAAGAUUCUUCCAUUGCUGUCAUACAUUUGAGGGAUGGUACUAUAAUCAAAUCCAAGAUUCUGAUAGGAUGUGAUGGUGUACAUUCGAUUGUGGCACGCUGGCUAGGACUUGGAACACCAGUCGAUUCAGGAAGAUCAGCUGUGCGUGGACUAGCUGUGUUUCCUGAUGGCCACGGCUUGAAGCAAGAGGUAAAACAAUUUUUAGAUGUAGGCGUAAGAGCUGGAUUAGUUCCUCUGAAUGACAAAGAGGUCUAUUGGUUCCUCACUUGUCAAUUUUCACCCAAAGAAAUCAUGGCAGGAGAUCCAGAAUCAAUACAAAGAGAAGUACUUGAGAGCUAUGUGAAGGACUUCCCUGAAGUAUACAAAGAUAUGGUCAGACAUUGCGAUCUUUCAACAUUGACAUGGGCUCCAUUGAUGUUUAGGUAUCCAUGGGGCAUCGUUUUCGGCAAGUUAAGCAAGGGAAACAUCACGGUGGCCGGCGAUGCAAUGCACCCCAUGACACCUGACCUUGGGCAAGGUGGCUGUUCAGCUCUAGAAGAUGCAGUGGUACUCGGCCGACACAUUGGCAAUUCAUUAAUAAAAAACGGAGGACUUGUUCCAGGGGAAAUUGCUCAGGAUUUAAAUGGUUAUGUUCAGGAAAGAAAGUGGCGCGUAACUUGGUUGGUCAUAGGUGCAUAUUUUUCAGGGUGGAUUCAACAAGGUGGGACAAAUUGGUGGAUGAAAUUCUUGAGAGAUGUCUUUUACAAGAUACUCUUUAGCAAGAUCUUUAGUGCUGUAGAUCAUGAUUGUGGGAAAUUGCCUAAUGUUCCUUUCUCAAGUGAAUUGGGCAACCCAAAGAAAACAGAAUAAGCUUCGUUAUUUUUGAAAAACUCAUUUAUUUACUGUAUAAUAAAAUAUAGUUUGGAUCAAAAGAACAAAAUAAUUAAGCUGAUCCUUACCUAUUGUUGGAAUAAUAUUUGAAAU